GAGACACCUUACUCCCAAUCUUUCGAUUCGACUCAACAUCAGUUUAAUACUACGACCAUGGCAUCAAUAGCGAAAGGCUCAGCUUCCUACAAAAAAAAGGAUGGAUCUCUCGUCCUGGAGAAGGACUCUGUCACUUGGACUCCUGCAAAUGCUGAGACCCCGUCUUUAAAAAUUCCCGUGUCAACAAUUACAAAUCUCCAGGCAACCCCUGCGACAGUGGCAAAAGUCAUGAUCAAGGUCUUCGCAACCAAAGAAGGCGGUGCAGCAGAGCCUUACGUCUUCACAUUCACCUCCGCCUCUUCCGCUCGCAUGGAAGCCGAUGUCAUGAAGGAAGCAUUAACCACCUCAAUCCAGACCUUCAAGAACAAUUCCGGUACCGCAACUCCCUCCUCCGCUUCUGUUGGCCAUACCACUACUGCCGCUUCCUCAACUGCAGCCUCUGGAGCCACCUCUGCAAAAUUAGCCAGCAAACUCACAGACUGGAGCAAAACCAGACUGGAAACGGAUCUCGAACUCCAAAAAUCCCUCCUAAAAGCCGACCAAGAGCUCUCGACAACCUUUUCAGAGGCCGUCCUCUCUGGGGCCGUAACCGCAGACCAGUUCUGGUCCACACGCACACAUCUUCUCCGUGCGCAUGCAAUCGAACGGGAGCAGAAGCGCGGUCCGUACAACGUGCUCGCCACGAUAAAGUCUAAGACUGUUGACAAUGUUGUUAAGAUGUCUUUGUCGCGCGAGGCCAUUCAUGACAUUUUUGAUCAGCACCCGUUGGUUAAGAUGGUUUAUGAUGAUAAUGUGCCGAAGUUGCCAGAGGAGGAGUUCUGGAGUAGGUUCUUUCUGAGUAGGCUUUUUAAGAAAUUGAAGGGGGAUAAGUUGCUGCCGACGGAUAACACGGACCCAAUACUUGAUCGUUAUUUGGGGAGAGGUGAUGAAGAAAACUCGAGGAAGCGUAGGAAGUUGGAACAUGUUCCUAGAACUAUGGAUAUUGAGGGUAAUGAGCAGAACUUGAGUCAGAAGAAGGGGAAUGCUCCUGAUUUGACUAUGAGACCUACACGUACUGAGAACGUUCCGAUUAUCAAAACCCUAAAUAGUCUUAGCUUGAAGUUGGUGGACUUGGUCACGCCCACCGACACCGACCCCAGCCAAGUCGAAGACCAAGACGAACGCUACAUCAUUGAGCAACGCCUGAUAGACCUCCACAGUGACCCCGAGGAAGCGCGCAUCAUCCUCAACAUUCGCGACCAACGCCAGUUCUUCUCAGCAAGCAGUAAUGCCGAUAAAGCGCGCAAAGAACUCUACUCAAACCUAAAACCCGAGACUGUACUCCAAGAGAUCCAAAAGACCCUCGGAGAAAGCAACCUAAACCUCCUUACCGCUCUCGCUAGCGGUGGCACUAGUAAAGGGAGUAAAGCCCAACUCUCCAAAGCUACCACUCAAAUCGUGGCGGCAGUUAAGGACCGCAGGGAACAGAUGUUGAAUUCCAGCGGGUUUAAGAACAAAUCUGGGGGCUUACCCGCGAACGUAUUCAAUAGCGUAACGCUUGUACAUGCUACAACGAAUGAAUUCCUCCGCCAUUUCUGGCUGGCCUUCUUAUCCGGGGACGAGAAGCGCGCUGGGGACAUCGUAAAGUUGGUUAACAGUUUGAAGAAUUCGAAGGAGAGGAUUGCGUCCAUUGCCAAGACCGCUGACGAAGAGCGAGAGCUGGAGAAGGUGAGGAAGAAGAAGGAGGCGCAGGAGGAGUAUAAAAGGACUGGGGUGAAGCCGAAGCGGAAGACUACCGAGGUCGGCGGUGGGAGUAAAGUUGUUGAGGAGCUGCUGGCACCAACGAUUGUUGCGGUAGAUAAGGCGUUAGGGAAGUAUCAGGCUGCGCUAGGUAAGGCGGACAAGGGGUCGAGGACUGCUGCUGGGUAGAAUAGGGGGCUUUUGGGGAGUUAGGUUUACUUGGAGUUUGGGUUUUCUCUUUGGUGCCGGGCAGAAUUGGUGAUUGCUUAGAUUGCCCGUUUUCUUCUUUCCUUUCCCCAGAUUCAGUGUGGUUGGCUAUUUGCGAUUACUAGAUUGAUUGGUUGGUUGGGUGUAAUAUACAAUGGUUCCAAGAA